AUGGAUGAGCCACCGCUUAAGAAAGCGCGAGCGGACAGCGAAUAUGAAGCCGAUGCUCUUGAUGCCUUAAGCGAAUUGGAGAAAUUGGAUCCGUUGCCGAGUACGGCUAGCGAAUCUGAGGUAAAUGGCGCCAGCACAUCAGGAGUUGGAGGAUCGGGCGGUCCAUCAACUUCCAUGAACUCACAGCCACCAUCCAAUUCGGGCUUUAACAUGCAGCCCGGCCAAUCAGCGGUCCAACCGCAAAUGCAGCAACCACCGACGUCGACGGGUUCGAGCAAUGGGGGCACAGGAACACAAUCCGUUCUUCAAGAGCUUCUAAUGAACCAGCCGCAAGGAAAUAAUAACUCACCGCGACCUAACACGAAUCAAGGUUAUCCGGGCCCGCCGCACCCGCAACAACAGCAGCAGCCGACGCCGCAGGGUCCCGGCUUUAACAGGAGCCCAUUGAUGCACAACGGCGCGACAAUGAUGUCGCCGCCAAAUAAUAUGGCUGGAAGGGUACCUGGACCGUCGCCUGGCGGACCGCAACAACCUGGUGCAAUGCCACCGCAAAUGAGACCAGGACAGCCGGCAAUGUAUCCGCCGGGUGGCGAACCCACCAUGAUGAUGAACGCACAAGGGCAGCAGUUCGCGCCGAACAUGAUGCACCGUUAUGGGUAUGGAGGACCACCGGGCGGACCUCCGGGCGCUGCUGGCUAUCCGGGCCCCGCUGGGCGAGGGGCUCCGACACAAGCCGGCAUGGGACGAGGCGCAAUGAUGAACGGGGCCAUGGGACGUGGAGCCGCAAUGGGAGCGCAAGGAAGAGGCGGUGGGAUGCCUCCAGGACCGAUGAUGCCUCGCGGAAUGAUGGAAGGUCCUUACGGCCAGCCUUAUGGUCAACGAGCUGAUCCAUAUAUGCACCAAGCUUAUGGCAGAGGACAUCAUCCUUAUCAGAUGAUGCAUCCCCAACAACAGAUGAUGAUGGAUGCAUCUGGACAACCAAUGCGAGGACCUGGCGGACAACCAAUGAUGAUGCCUAUGAAUGGACAUCCCGGAAUGCAGCCACCUGGUGCUCCAACUCCACAGCAGCAGCAGCAGCAGCAGCAGCAGGCGAUGCAGCACGCGCAAGCUCGAGAGCACGCGGCGGCGGCGGCUGCAGCCGCUCAGGAAGCUCAACGAAACGGCGGUGGACGAGGAACACCCGGAUCGGCGAUUCCAAAUCAACAAGAUCCGGAGAAGCGAAAACUCAUACAGCAGCAGUUGGUUCUUCUGUUGCACGCUCAUCGAUGCCAACAACGUGAAAGAGAAAACCAAGACUCACAGACGAAUGGUGUCCCGCCGCCUCAUCCGAACUGCCAAUUGCCACAUUGCUCGACAAUGAAGCAGGUGCUACAACAUAUGACGACGUGCAAUAAUGGGAGAACGUGUAACUAUCCGCAUUGCGCGUCAUCGAGACAGAUAAUUUCGCAUUAUAAGAGUUGCAAUCGCGAGGACUGCCCAGUCUGUAAGCCAUUGAAAAAGAUACACGACAAUCCGCAGACUUUAAAUCAACUGUCAAGCUUUAUCUCUGCCACAAACUGCUUUACCGGUCCAGAUGGUGUGCAGAACCGAACCACGCCGAAUCCGGGGUCCAGCAAUCAAGAAGGAAUGGGACAAUUUGGUUCGCCGAUUCCGAACGCGGCGAUGAACGUCAGAAAUUCGUUGUUCGAAGGAUUCAAUGGAGAUCCAUUCAGAAUGCCAAAUGCGCCCAAUAAGCAGCUCGCACCGUCAGCGGCUGGACAAGGGCACGCGUCGGCGCCGGACACGUACAAUCUUCCGCCACCCGACAUGCCUGAAACGAAUCGAGAAUGGCAUUUGCAAGUCACGAAGGACCUUCGAAACCAUUUGGUUGGAAAACUUGUCAAAGCGAUAUUCCCGUCGCCGGAUCCGACAGCGAUGGCUGAUAAUCGAUUGAAUGAUCUUAUUCGAUAUGCGCGAAAAGUUGAGAAGGAGAUGUUCGAGUCGGCUAAUGAUCGCGAAGAAUAUUAUCAUUUGUUGGCGGAAAAGAUAUACAAAAUCCAGAAGGAGCUUCAAGAGAAGAAGAAAUCGCGAAUUGGCCAUGGGCAAGAUGUAAAUAUGGGAGCGGGUAUGUAUCAAGGAAUGCAGCCAUCGGAAAUUGCCGAACUCAUAGCUAUCGAUACACCGUCGACAUCGGGACGACCGCCGGGUGCUGAUGGACAAAUGCAAAUGCAGCAGAUGCCACAAGCGCCAUCUAUGCCGAACUCGACACCGUCGGCCGGAGCCCCUUGGUCGCAGAAUCAAGGGCAAAACACGAACGGGCAAAUGUUCGGAGCCAGUGGAAGUAACACGCCGAGCCUUCCUUUUGUCAAACAAGAGCCGGAUGAUACUGUCGAUUCGACGUCGCGUGCCCCAUCAACACUUCCGUCUUGUGCCAAUGGGCCGUCAUCGUCAGCACCGACGCCGGGAACAGCGAAUGGAAAGAAGGAAGAGAAAUAUUCUCCACCGUCUUCGGUACAAAACGACAUUAAAAAGGAAGAGGUUUCGUCGACAACCGGACCGUCAUCGGUGCAAGCGCCGCCGAAUGCACCGCGCGAGCCAACUCCACCGCCCGGCGAAGACACGGUGUUCAGCGCCGAAGAGCUCAGAAGCUAUUUGAUGCCGGUGUGGACGAAACUCGACAAAAGCGAAGACGCGCAUCCGUUUCAUUAUCCCGUCGAUCCCGUCGAGCUCAACAUUCCCGACUAUCACGACAUUGUGCGCAAUCCGAUGGACUUGAGCACGAUACGCGAGAAAUUGGAGCGAGGCGCCUAUUUGCACGUGUGGCAAUUUUGCGACGAUGUUUGGCUGAUGUUGGAGAACGCGUGGCUCUACAAUCGAAAGAACAGCAAAGUGUACAAGUUUGGAACGAAGCUAUCCGAAUUGUUUGUUUCGGCGAUGGAAGAUGUUAUGGUCAAAAUGGGAUACUGUUGCGCUCAGAAGCGCUCGUUCACACCACUCGCCCUUUUCUGCUAUGGAGCUCCAAUGUGCACAAUUGCUCGCGAUCAGCCGUACUGGGUGUACGAGACGAACUCGAAUCAAUUCAAUGUUGUCGUCAAUGAGCGAUACACGUAUUGUUUGAAGUGCUUCGAAGCGCUGCCACCCGAGGGAAUAUCGCUUUCGGAUAAUCCGAACGAUCGUACUAACAUGGCUCCAAAGGAGAAAUUCCAACAAAUGAAGAACAAUGUGAUUGAUUGGGAGCCGUUCGAACGCUGCAAAUAUUGCUUCCGCAAAUGGCAUCGAAUUUGUGCGCUCUACGACAAGAAGGUCUACGGCGAGGCGUUUAUCUGUAAGACGUGCCGAGCGACGAAAAAUUAUCCGCCACCGGAGAACAAGUUCCUCGCGAGUCGAUUGCCGCACAACAAGUUGUCGACGUUCCUCGAGGAGCGCGUUAAUAAUUACAUAAAGAGCCAACUGCAAGCUGAGGCCAGCAAGUAUCCAGUCGUCAUUCGAACGCUGUGUGUUCAGGAUAAGGAGGUUGAAGUUAAGGCGCAGAUGAAGCAGAAAUAUGUUGCCACUGACCAAUUCCCGGAGAAGUUCCCGUAUCGUACCAAAGCGGUGUUCGCUUUCGAGAUCAUUGAUGGUGUUGAAGUGUGCUUUUUCGGAUUGCACGUUCAAGAAUAUGGAAGCAAUUGCCCGCAGCCGAACUCGCGUCGCGUCUACAUCGCCUACCUUGACUCGGUGUACUUCUUCCAGCCGAGAGAGCUUCGAACCGACGUCUACCACGAGAUUCUUCUUGGCUAUUUGGAGUACGCCAAACGUCUCGGCUACACGAUGGCGCAUAUUUGGGCGUGUCCACCAUCGGAAGGCGAUGACUAUAUUUUCCAUUGUCAUCCACCCGAUCAGAAAAUUCCCAAGCCGAAGAGAUUGCAGGAUUGGUAUAAGAAGAUGCUCGAGAAAGGUGUUCUUGAGAACACCGUUGUUGAAUUUAAGGAUAUUUAUAAGCAGGCGCGUGAUGAUAACUUGAUUUCGCCUACUCAAUUGCCGUAUUUCGAAGGAGAUUUCUGGCCGAAUGUGAUUGAAGAUUGUAUUCGCGAAGCAUCAAAUGAAGAAGCACAACGACGAGCCAAAAAUGACACUGAAGACCAAGACGAAGAUGUCGACGACGCGACGAAUCACUCAACGAACGCCGAGUCUGGAACGAAGCACAAGAAGGCGAACAAAAAGAAUAAUUUGAAGAAGAACUCGAAGAUGAACAAGAAGAAAAUGGGAAGCGUCACCGGAAAUGAGGUGUGCGAUAAGCUCUACUCGCAGUUUGAGAAGCACAAAGAGGUGUUCUUCACUAUCCGACUCGUGACUCAACAAUCGGAACUCACUGUGAACGCGACGCCGAUUAGCGACCCGGAUCCGUUGAUGCCGUCGGAGAUGAUGGAUGGAAGGGAUACGUUCCUUACUCGAGCGAGAGAUGAGCAUUGGGAGUUCUCGUCAUUGCGUAGAGCAAAGUAUUCAACACUUUGCUUAUGCCACGCAUUGCACGAGACCGAUUCGUCCAAAGUUAUGGAAACGUACACUUGCAACAAAUGCAACAACCCGAACGCGAAGUGGCAUUGCAACACUUGCGACGAUUUCGAUCUGUGCGAGAGCUGCAAACUCAGCACGCGCCACGAGCAUCCGAUGGAACAGAUCAAGUCGCUGGUUGGCGAAACCGGAAACGAUCCGAACGGCAACAACCGCUACGAGAGCAUCCAGCGUUGCAUUCAGUCGCUGGUUCACGCUUGUCAGUGCCGCGACGCGAACUGUCGCCGCAUGUCGUGCCACAAGAUGAAGCGCGUCGUGCAGCAUACGAAGAUGUGCAAGAAGAGGAUAAACGGAACUUGUCCGGUGUGCAAGCAGCUCAUCGCGUUGUGCUGCUAUCACGCGAAACACUGCACCAGAGACACGUGCUCGGUGCCGUUCUGCAUGAACAUUCGGCAGAAGUUGGCCGAGCAGAAGCGCUCGAUUGCUCGUCGCGCCGAUAUGAUGAUGAGACGUCGUAUGGAGGGAUUGCACGCCGGCGUCGGCAAUUCGACACCGGCGCCGCCGACGUCGAACGGCGGACCGUCGAGUGUGCCGUCGAACGCGCCGACGCCGCCGACGCAACAACCGCCGAGUGUUGGACAAUCGCACAACAUGAAGGGCGGCGGAAGCGGCACGAUGCAGAGCCCGAUGUCGUCGGCUGGAAACGGCGGCGGUCUUGGACAACAGAUGACGUCGCUCGGCGGAAUGGGACAACAGCCGCCGGGUGGAAUGACUUUGGCUCAGCAGCAGCAGAAUAUGCGCUACUAUCAACAGCAACAGCAGAUAGGUGGAAAAGGAGGAGGCGUCGGAACGAUGAAUCAGUCUGGUGGUCAGAACAUGUUCGCCGCUGGGCCUGGAAUGCAGAGGCCUGGAAUGAUGAUGUCCCAACAGCAGCAGCAGCUAAUGCAACAGCAGCAGCAGCAGCAGAGAAUGCAGCAGCAGCACAUGCAGCAGCAACAACAGCAGCAGGGCUACAGGCCGGGACAGCCUUCUAGCGGAUUUGGAAUGGUGGGUCCUGGUGGACAGAUGGGCCCCGGCGGAAUGCAUCCUUCGGCUCAACCAGGCGGUUUGAGCGGACAGGCGAAUCUCAACGACCCGUCGAUUCAAACGCAACUCGUCAAAAUCAAUGCGCGACUUAAGGCCGCAAAAUCAGCAACUGAACGCGAAGCGGUAUUCACCGAUCUUAAAAAGACUCCGCAUCUGUUCAAUGCAUUCCUUCGGCAGGCAGGAGCGGCAGGUUACAAUGGUCCGAUGGGAAAUAUGGGUGUGCAAGGAUAUCCAGGCGGUCCGGGAGUCGCGCGAGGACCUGGCGCGCAAUAUCAGCAGAUGACGCCGCAGCAGCAGCAGCAAGCGUGGCAGCAUCAGAUGCGACAACAGCAGCAACAACAGCAGCAGCAGGGAGGACCUGGACAAUUCAAUCAGUUCCAGAAUCGAGCAUUGAUGAUGCAGCAGCAGCAGCAGCAACAACAACAGCAGCAACAGCAUCCGCCGAAUGCCGGCCAAUGA